CAAGACACAUCGUGUAUAAGAGCAGAGCAGGGUCUCAGCUCCCCAGCAUCAAGCUCAGCCCCCUGGUAGGAUAACAUGAAGUCCCUCAUCUGUGUCACCGUGCUUGGCUUAAUUGCCCAGGUCUAUGCGUUGCCAAUUGGGGUAAUUCGGUUUCGGCAUUCUCCGUAACAUUUGUCUACUUCUUCAGUGUUUUCUUACAGAUGAUUUUUGUACCUCCCACGAUAACUUUUUUUUCUUCUUCUUUUCAGAAUGAGAUAGAUCGAAAUAUGGAUUUAGAACCUUGGGUUGUCAUGGAUAAAAUCAUCCAGGCUAAUGCCAACAUAGCUCUGAUGACAAGACGUUACUCCAUCAAGUUUGGAGAUAUUGCUGUCCAAAACAGCAGGAGUGCAAUGUUCUGCCCGACGAACGACUGUAUCUGGCCCAGAUCAGAUGACGGCUUUGUGUACAUUCCAUACAAGAUAUCCACAGAGUACUCUCCAUCUGAGCAGGCAACAAUCACAGAUGCUAUGUCGGAAUAUGCCAAAGUCAGCUGCGUUCGGUUUGUCUCUUACACAAAUGAGAUGGACUACCUUCACAUCCAGCCCUUGGAUGGAUGCUGGUCCUACUUUGGUCUGAGUGGUGGGGAACAGCCAGUCUCAUUUUCACGAACUGGUUGUCUAUGGAAAGGAAUAAUCAUCCAUGAGCUAAUGCACACUUUGGGUUUCUACCAUGAACACAACCGAAGUGACAGGGAGGAUUAUAUCACUAUCAUGACGGAUAAUAUCCAACCAGGCCGAGAAGAUCAAUUCCAAAUCCUUAAAACCAACAACCUGGGAACCGAAUAUGACUAUGGCUCGAUUAUGCACUAUGGCAGGCAAGUGUCUCCAUGCAGUCUACACUCAGCCUGCUUUUACCUAGGACUGAGAUAA